GGACUAGGCGUGAGGCGCUCCUGGCUCCCUGUCAGCCGCGCCGACUCUUGAUCCCCAAGCCGCCGGAGGAGCCCGGGACUCGGGCUGCGGCUGCCCCGGUAAUGCUUUCCGUCGGCACCAACAUGGCUGCGGCUCUGCGCGCCGCGGGCUCCCUGCUCGCCGACCGGCUGGUCUACAGCAGCAUCAGGGCCUGCCAGCCAUGGAUGUGCCAGUCGGGCGCAGCAGCUGCCACCGCCACUGCAGGAGCAGCCCGGCAUGCCAAGAGUGCCAGUCCUCAAGUUCAGCCGGAGCAGAGGAAGCCAAAAACCGGAAUAUUAAUGCUAAAUAUGGGAGGCCCCGAAACCCUUGGAGAAGUUCACGACUUCCUUCUGAGGCUCUUCUUGGACCGAGACCUCAUGACACUUCCUGUUCAAAAUAAGCUGGCCCCGUUCAUCGCCAAACGCCGAGCCCCCAAGAUUCAGGAGCAGUACCGUAGGAUUGGAGGCGGGUCUCCCAUCAAGAUGUGGACUUCCAAGCAGGGAGAAGGCAUGGUGAAGCUGCUGGACGAGCUGUCCCCCGACACAGCCCCUCACAAAUACUACAUUGGAUUUCGGUACGUUCAUCCUUUAACAGAAGAAGCAAUUGAAGAGAUGGAGAGAGACGGCUUAGAACGGGCUAUUGCUUUCACGCAGUACCCACAGUACAGCUGCUCCACCACAGGCAGCAGCUUAAAUGCCAUUUACAGAUACUAUAAUGAAGUGGGGCGGAAGCCCGGGAUGAAGUGGAGCACCAUUGACAGGUGGCCCACACAUCACCUCCUCAUCCAGUGCUUUGUUGACCACAUUCUGAAAGAACUGGACCAUUUCCCACUUGAGAAGAGAAGCGAGGUGGUCAUUCUCUUUUCCGCUCACUCACUGCCAAUGUCUGUGGUCAACAGAGGGGACCCCUAUCCUCAGGAAGUAGGUGCCACUGUCCACAAAGUCAUGGAAACACUGGGCUACUGCAACCCCUACCGACUGGUUUGGCAAUCCAAGGUGGGUCCGAUGCCCUGGUUGGGUCCGCAAACAGACAAAUCUAUCAAAGGGCUUUGUGAGAGAGGGUGGAAGAAUAUCCUUUUGGUUCCAAUAGCGUUUACCAGUGAUCACAUCGAAACGCUGUACGAACUGGACAUCGAGUACUCCAAAGUGCUAGCCAAUGAGUGUGGAGUUGAAAACAUCAGAAGAGCAGAGUCUCUUAAUGGAAAUCCAUUGUUCUCUAAGGCCCUGGCUGACUUGGUCCACGCGCACAUCCAGUCAAACGAGCUGUGCUCCAAGCAGUUGACUCUGAGUUGUCCGCUCUGUGAAAAUCCUGUCUGCAGGGAGACUAAAUCCUUCUUCACCAACCAGCAGCUGUGACCCCUGCCAGAGGACCUCAUGGGAUUAGGCAAAUUUGCCAACCUCCAGAUACCUCUGUGGAGAAGGACGUUAUUUAGAGAUCAGGGACAGAAGUCACACCAUUACAUGUACAACCGUGGGGCACUAAUUGUGUGAUUUCUUGAGGAUUGGACUUUGAAGUCCUUAUUGAGGGAUUUCUAUUUUUCUGUAUCUAUACAGUAAGCAUUUAUAUUCCCCCUGUCUGGGUAAAGUUUCUGGUUGGUUGUGUCCAUUAGGACAUUCAACAAUGAGUUUAAAAGAGAUGGGCAUUUAUUUUAAAUGCAGAUUUUGGUUUUAUCGCCCCUAACCCCCCUGAAAGGGUAUAUAGAGUGCCCCGCUGUGGGCUGCCAGUGGGAAUAAGAUCUGUUUACAGCUUUGUGCCUAUAGUUAUAGUUUUUUAAUGAACAAAGUUGAGUACUUGAAAUGAAUUGGAAAAA